CGACUGUGUUUAUGUUGUAGUGAUUGUAUAGUGCUGGUAGAUUUUUUUAACAGAGGCCAUCCAAGAUGAGCGUUAUACGUGGCCGGGUGGCUGAAAGGUGCACUAGCCCGAAUGAGCACGUCGAGUUAAUUCGCGAGCUGGAGUCGCGGUACGCAGAAAUGCUCAAACCGAUCCGGGACCUAAACAAAAAUUUUGCGGUGAGCCUUGACGUUCUAGAAAAAUACAUCCAGGAAGUGAAACAGAUCUCUAUCGACACUAUCAAUUUUGCCAAUGCCGGUUUAAUACUACAGUCGAGUAAAGAGGUGUAUGCGCGAAAAGUUGAUUAUCUCGAGAAACUCUUUGAAGAUCUUCAGAAAACAGCGUACAAUGUUAAACGAAAAGAAAAAGAUAACGAGGACAAUGCUGAUGAGAACUCAAAAUCAAAACGGACAAGAAAGAGGAAAGCCAUGGUUGACGGUUUGGAUGAAUACAAACUGAUAUCGCCUGAUGACAUACCGCAGUUGGCGGAUGGUGAUGAAAUGAAUUUUAACAACGUCGGCUUAACUUAUAUUACACAACUACGUGCCUGUCUGCUCAAACCCGAGGUUUCAGUUCACGUUGAACUACGCGACAUAAACGGCGAUCUGAUAGGUCGCAAAAAUGAUUUCCGAGUUAACUGGCCGGUCAACCAAGACGGGAUGCCCUGCGAUCUGACAUUAUGUUAUUACGAGGAACGUAAACGAAAUCAGUCUUCGGAUCUCAUUUGUGGUGAUUUGUCUGAUCGGGUAGACGAUAGCAUGUGCCACAACGACAUGUCAGCAACUCCACCUCGAGAUUCACCCGCUCAGUCGAUGUUUGGACGUUCUGACCUCACAUCAACGCCAUCUGUUCCUCACAUCGUGGGACUUACGGAUCCAUUGCUGAAUUCUACUGAAACUGGCACGAUUGCAUUUAGUGAAACCCGACGAAAAACCCGAGGGAAAAAGCUUCCAACAGAAAUGACCCUAGAUGAGUUUCUGACUGGGAAGAAGCGGAGAAGCAAAAAUGAAACAUCUACGAAAAAGCGGCAUAAUAAACGCAGUGAGAAAAAAGCAAAGGAGCUUGAAGAACAGCAAAAAAAAGCAGCAGAAGAAAUUUCUACAGUUAACUGCGUUGCUAAGGGAGGCGUGAAGGAGGAAGGCGUCGUUCUUUCAUUGGAGAAGUUGGUUGAGGGUUCGUCAAUGGUGACAGGCGCUUCUGACGUCUUCAGCCCCCCUGAAAGAAAACCGGAAGACAGCAUAAAUAAAAAAAAUCUUCCGCCAACGAGUCCAUUACAUAACAUCGAUCACUUACAGGCGGAUGUGCCCGAGAUUAAAGACGAUGCUUUACGUCACAACACUACAAACCACUUUUAUGGCGAUGUCGAGCAGCUCGAAAGUUCCUGUCAGGAGGAUUUCGAGGUUAGACUGCAAAGUCCGAGCGAAUCAGUGAUGGAGUGCGCGGUGGACGCAGGUUGUUCCGACAACGAUUCAGACGUGCCAUGUCGAGGUGACGCUCCGCAAUCAUCAGCUACUUCAGAUUUCCCUGAAGUUCAUUCAACGGCUAGAACGAUUGUCGAGGAUGGCCAAAUCUAUAAGACUGGCAUACUUGAGCUCGACCCGAUGAAUCAAAGGAUACGAGCUUGGGAAGAUCGAAUUCUGCCCAUUCUCGAGGAGCAAGCCAACCGAACGAAGUUCCGUUUACCGGACUAUGCCAGUCGACUUCUGGGUGAACUGCGUGAAGGUGAAGUUGUCCCGUGUUCGAAGCUCGUAGCGAGCAACAGCCAGUACGAGGUAUCACGCAACUUCGUCGCAUUAUUACAUUUAUGCAAUACGCGGAACGUCGACAUGCAAGAUGGCAAUGUAUCGCUACUAAGCAGGGAAUAUCGACUCAGCGCAGAAGAUAUCGAAAGCUACGAGUAGCCGCAACAGUGGAGGGAACAGCAACCACAUUUACUGUUACUUCUUAGGCAUAGUCAUUUCGUUCAUGUCAUUUUACAUACCUCAUCCAUCCGUUGUGAUACAACGCUGAGAAGUGCGCCGAAAUGUCGCAGUCUUGUCUUGUUCCACUGUUUCUAGAUCUUCAGCGAAGAAAUAUGAAAUGUCCGUGAAAUAGGUAUUGUUACUAUCGUAAACAGUCACAAGGCAAUUUCCCCUGGAUCGAACGGCCAAGUGGUUGUUUUCGAUAUGGCCCGAUAAACUCUCCUCAUUAGUUUGGUUAUCAAAUAGUAAAGCGUAAGGAUGUGUAAAUACAUGUAAAUAUUACAAAUUAUGUUUUAUAUGUAAUCAUGUGCUGUAUGUACUUCCAAUAUAUCAUUAAUGAUAACAAGAUUUUCGGUUACUUAAUAUACCGAUUCAUUGCGUUACCUUAGUAAAUUAUACUGAGGGCUGCCUCCUUUAACAAAUCUGGCGCAGCUUCUAAAUGGUGACUUCGAAUUGUUACCAGCCGGUGUUCAAUAAAAUACAGUAGUGCACAAUAUAAGCAUAUGAAACGCAUGACGUGAAGAGCUUAGUUUUAUGUGGUAGAACAAAAAAAUAUAUACAUUUUUGGAAAAGAAAUAGACGCGAAUUAAUAAAACUGCGUAUAUUGGUAUUAUGGGCAUACGUCAGAGUUUCGGCAAAUGUAAACGUAUUGGAGGUUUCGCUUGCAAUUGCUUGCACUGCCUCAUAAUAUCAUGGGGUGUCUGAUAAGGUGUUAAUUUUAGACCAAGCUCUUCACAAUUACCGAAACUGGAAUGUGAUUUCGGAUGUGACAUGUAAUGACGCCAGGCUGGUUCUUGAAAUGUUUCCGGUAAAUUGACUCAUUUUUUCGUUUGGAGACUUAGAGGAGGACUGAGUGUAGGGACAUCAGCCAUUUUAGACAUUACCAUUUUGUACUACAUACCACAGCCAUUACCGCAUUCUACAUGUUUAGGCAGUGGGAGGAAUUGGUGAUUUUAAUUAAAGUACGUGCGUUAGAUCUUCAAGCACUACGACUAAAAUACCAAUGACCCGAAGCGUCCUUCAAGAACUCAUGCACAUCUAUAAUGUGUUUCAAGUCAUUGCUUUGUCUGAAUUGAAUGCGUGUGCAAGUAAAUCACGAAAAUAUUGAUUGAAUGUAAAAUGAAAGUAAAGCGAGGCAUGAUCUCUUAUUCGCUUUAUCGCUAAUGUACAUAAAAAAAUGCAACUAAGUAGGCUCACAUAAAGGAACGAUAGAUAUUACGUAGAAAUUUGCUGACACAAUUUAUUUUAUGGUUUAUAAUUAAGAAUUAGUCAUUAAAGCUCAUAAAAGGUAUCUUGCGUUAUUUGAUAUGGCUAGUUUUGUUCCUUUAUUUGAGGUUAUCUGAACUGGUUGUACUUUAACAUGUCGCAUUUUGGUGAGUUGUCCUUGUUUUACAUACGUUCGAAUUCAUUCAUACGACAACCGACCUAUUUAUAUUACCCAGUGGGUCUGGCUAUGCCGCCAUGUGGCGUAAGUUGUCGUGUCUCAAAUGAUCGUUUGUUAAAUGGCACAGCAAAGCCUUCUAGUCUUCUGGUGCUGGUAGCAAAGAUGGCGAUGAUAAUAAUGAACCACGAGAGAACAAAGUGUUUGAUAUUGUACAUAAGCACUAUUGUAAAUGAAAAUGGCACCAUUGCUGCUGCAUUUUAAAAUUUUCAGUUGUUGCCAUUAUGGCCAAAGAUGGAAUACGGUAAUCGAGUAUUAAUAGAACAAG